UGCGCUGACGGGACUCGGUUCUCCGGGUACAUGUCCGCGGCUGUACGUCACGGUGGAAAACAAGCCGAGCUUUAGCUUUAGCGGCUCCGCAGCGGCGCGAGGAUGAGCGGCUCCCUGUAGCCGCGGAGAGAAAGACCGCAGUUCUGGGUUUAUUAUUAUAAAGAGCAGAAACCGGAGAUGAACCCGCGAGUCGCUUAAACCGCGGGGCGCACGGAGCGAGCAGCCCGCCUGCCGGACAGAGCUGCUAGGCUAAGCUAAGCUAACGGCGGAGUCUGCGCGGCGCUGUGACCGGGGGAGGAGCGUGGGCGCCGGGCAGAGCGCUGAGUUUACCACCGCUCGAGGGCAGAGGCAUCUCUCCAGGUGACCCCGGGAGCGCCGGUGCCCCAGCCGAAGAGACGGGGAACAGGAUUGGGAAGCAGGGGGGAGCGGCCACCGCAGAGCCUGUGGAGAAGAUGCAGGCCGGCAGCCCGGAGAAGAGCUCCUCCUCAGCGCAGGAGCUGAAGGAGCAGGGCAACCGCCUGUUCCUCUGCCGCAAGUACCAGGAGGCCGCGGCCUGCUACAGCAAAGCCAUCAACCGGAACCCCUCAGUAGCAGUGUACUACACUAAUCGGGCAUUGUGCUACGUGAAGCUACAGCAGUAUGACAAGGCAUUGGCUGACUGUAGACACGCCCUAGAGCUCGACAGCCAAUCAGUGAAGGCGCACUUCUUCCUGGGACAGUGUCACCUAGAGCUGGAGAAUUAUGAAGAGGCUAUCGGCAACUUGCAAAGAGCGUAUAACCUGGCGAAAGAGCAGCGUCUGAAUUUUGGCGAUGACAUUCCGAGUGCGCUGCGCAUCGCAAAGAAAAAGCGCUGGAACAGUCUGGAGGAGAAACGCAUCAGCCAGGAGAACGAGCUGCACGCCUAUCUCACCAAACUCAUCCUGGCUGAGAGGGAGAGGGAAAUGGAGGACUACAGAGAGAAACAGGUUUAUGACAAUCAGAUCGACAGUGAAAUCAGCAAGAUCAAAUCCAAACACGAAAAAUACCUGUCGGACAUGGACGAGCUCUUCGCUCAGGUGGAUGAGAAGAGAAAGAAACGAGAAAUUCCAGACUAUCUAUGUGGAAAAAUUAGCUUUGAACUAAUGAGAGAGCCUUGCAUCACACCCAGUGGAAUCACCUACGACCGCAAAGACAUCGAGGAGCAUCUACAGCGUGUGGGACAUUUUGACCCAGUGACCCGUAGUCCCCUGACCCAGGAUCAGCUGAUUCCUAAUCUGGCCAUGAAGGAGGUGAUCGAUGCCUUCAUCCAGGAGAACGGCUGGGUGGAGGACUACUAGACAUCUCCACGAUCACUCACACACACACACACACAUCUACACACACACAUACCCACACACACACACACAUACGUACGGACGGAUGGACCGAUGAACAGAAUGAGAGGAGUGUGAGAGUAGAUUAAUCUCCUGUAUGUAUGAGUGCACUUUAAGCAGGAGAACCUCACUCUGAACACUCCUGUAGACUGCUGGAGUCUCAGGCCUCCCGCCUUUCCUUUCUCUCUCUCUCUUUCUCUGUCUCUCUCUCUUUCUCUCUCGCUUUCUAUCUCUCUCUCGCGCUUUCUAUCUCUCUGUAAACUUUCCAUGUUUGUGCCACAGAGCUGCAUCCACAACAAGGGUUGUGGGUCUCUCUCUCUCUCUCUCUCUCUCUCUCUCUCUCUCUCCCUCUCUCUUUUUAUUUCUCUCUCUCUCUCCCUCUCUCCCUGUCUCUCUUUUUAUUUCUCUCUCUCUUUCGUAUCUGCUCUGUAGUGAUUCUCAGUGUGAACUGGAGUAAGGUAUAUAGUACAUAGUUUAUUUGGCCACCAGAAAGACAUUUAACGUUGCUUUUUCUCUCUCUCACACACACACAUGUACACACACACACACAGAUGAAAUUACCGCUAUACACUCUCUUUUGUCCCUCUGAGCUCACAGCAGAACCAUUGGAAAAUAAUGUCCCCUGGCUAAAACUAUGGGUUCUCCUCAGUCGGGGCUGGGUUCUGUGUGAGGGGUCCUGAAGCUGGACGAUGCUCUAAAAGUCAUUGAACAGAUUGAAGAUUGAAAAGUUGAAUGUUUUAUUAUAUAAAUCCCUGUUAAAUCAUUUCCGUCUCAGCUGGUGAAUGUGUGAUGCUGUUUACACAUUGCAUUAACAUGUGCUUUGGGUCCAGAUCGAAAAAAACAAGGGGUCUACAGGCCGGUUUAUAUUACUGCAUCCAAUUGCAUUGCAAUGCAUUGCCUAUAGCGUAGCCUGUGCGAGCGCCCUACGCAGCUGUGCGAGCGCCCUACGCAGCUGUGCGAGCGCCCUACGCAGCUGUGCGAGCGCCCUACGCAGCUGUGCGAGCGCCCUACGCAGCUGUGCGAGCGCCCUACGCAGCUGUGUGCUUUUAUACGUACACCUUAUCCAUUCCACCAUGAAAUCUUGAGUUGAAAUUAAAUUAGAGGGGGGGAUUGGACCUCAUCCAUUCUGCCAUGAGAUAUUGUUAUUUUUAAUAAGAAUAGAAAAUACUUAGCAACAACUGUCCAACACCUUAUUAACCAACCUUCAACAGCUUAGCAACCACCUGAUGUACCAGAGCGACCGCCUCGUCUAGUCCAUCGUGGUAUCAUUUGAAAAUGAGUUGAAAUAAAAUGGGGAAAAGACCAAAUUAUCAGAAUUUUUUCAGUUUUCAGUGGAUGUAAUGGACAUGGAGAGAUAACGAUUGAAUGUAUAGGCAGCAAAACUAUCGUUAUUAUAGUGAUACUAGUAAAUUUACUACAAUUCCCACAAUGCCUUGCCAAAUCUAAGGUUACCUCCUAAUGACGACAGGUUUAAGUUUCCAGGUUGGAAUUUAAUCUCGAAUGCUUGAACGCUCUGUUGUUGUAGUGUGUAAAGGUUAUAAGUUUUUAUAUAAUUUCAAAAUUUUCUCCAUUUUUGCCCCAAUUUACUCAGCCAAUUACCCAUCCCACUCAUUAGGAUCACUAGUGAUGCCCCAACACCAGGAGGGUAAAUACGAUCACACGCCUCCUCCUUUUUAAACUGCUGCUAAUGUAGCAUUGCCGAGUAGCAUCUUAGCACUAACGCUCGGAGGAAAGCGCAGCGACUCGGUUCUGAUACAUCAGCUCACAGGCGCUGCCUUGUGCUGAUCACCCUAGGAGUGAUGAGGGGAAAGAGCAGAGCACCAUCUACUGUACCCACCCAGAGGGAGCAAGACCAACUGUGCUCUCUCGGGGCUCUGGCAGCUGAUGGCAAGCUGCAUGACAGGGAUUCAAACCAGCUCUCUCGUGACAGAUUUGACAAUUCAUUAAAAAGUUAAAUUAGAUGGAAAGAGGCAAGAAUAUCAGAAACACUUGUUCAUAUUCUUGGUCAUUCCUCGUAACGUAAAUGUUACUUGCUAAUGGCUACGGCUUAAGGUUUUAGGGUGGAAGUUGAGUUCUUCAAACUUUGCUCACAUUUUAAUGAGUACUGUGUGAUUUCAUGCAGAGAAACGUGACUGAAAACACAUGUUGGUGUAGUGUGUGUGUGUGUGUGUGUGUUUCAGUGCUUAAGCUUUAUUAUCUGGGUGGUGUGGGUGAUGUUAAUAAGGCAGAUAUUAUAGUAAAUAUUGGAGCGUUAAUAAGAUUGUUAUAAAUGGUUAUGAAUGUUGGAUAAACUGUAGAUAGCUGUGUGUGGAUGAACUUGAUUAUCACGAGGAGGAUGCUGUGGGGGUAUAUAUUGUUGAGCUGUUUAGACACACAAACACACACACACAUAUACAUACACACACAUACACACACACACACACACCGGUUCUACCUUCCAUUGAGAUCCAGUGCAUUCAGUGCAGCACCGUUGCCAAUCAAACUGCAUUAAACUCAUCUGACCAAUCAGGAGAGGAGGGAGGAGGAGCCUAAGAAUCAGCAACAACACACAAUCAUACUACAGAUGAUACCUCUGCUUUGCAGUGUAUAUGUGUGUGUGUGUGUGUGUGUGUGUGAGAGAGCUAGAGGGAUGUGUAUGUUUGCUUGUUUUUUUUUUUUGUAAAGUUUGGUUGUUUUUAUCUGUUCAGCUGUAUUUGGAUGCUUCACUUUUUUAAUAUUUUGGUUUAAUUUUUAUUUUCGAACACACAGACACACACACAGAUUGUUUAGUCUUGGUGUCUGUGGUUCAGAGAGACUAGGGUUAGCCAUUAGCUGAAGUGGUUAAAGCUCAGUAGCUGUUCUGAAACUGUUUCCGGCUGCAGCGGGUGGUCAGAAGAGAGUAACAUUUGGACGCAUGUUAAAUAAAUCUUAUUUUUUCUAAA